AUGGCUACUCCCAUCAACAUGGAAGCGUACACUGAGAAGGAACUCGCACAGAUCUUCAACCCCGUUCUGCAACGACUUCGCACAUUGCUCAACAAGCAUCCAUUUUGGCCUCAAGAUGCCUUGGGGAAGGAACAACUUAGGCGGGCGGUGGUGGGACUAAUGACUAUCGCUAACAAAGUCCCCCCGACCUGCCAAACCCUCUUCGCCGGAUAUUCUGUACGUGCAGCAUUUAACGAAGUGCGAAAAAGGCCUGAAUGGCGGCAACCUGGCGCCGUCAUUGAUCCCUCUUUUCUCGCCAACGUCAAGCCCGACAAGCCGAAGGACUUGGACCCCUUCGACGACGCGCGAGCCGCUCUGUUCAUCGAGGGCUGCCUCGAGUUUAUCACCAAUUGGCGGCUGCCACCACCUCAACCCCGUGCGUCGGAUAAACCCCCAUCGCCUGCACCUCCCGCAAAUCCACUGGCAAAUCAAGUGGCCAAGCAACCCGGGACGACUGUUGGAUCUGGAACUGGGGAAGACACGGCCUCAGCUCUUGACACGGAGAAGGCCGUCCAAUCGAAGGGGGACCUUGAUGUGGUGAAGAGUAACGUGAAGGGUAAAGGAAAGAAGGACGACGAGGAAGCCGACCUCGAUGAUGACGAUCACGACAACGAGGGUGGGGAUGGAGGAGACGCGGACGAGGACGAAGAGGACGAGGACGAGGACGAGGAGGGCGAGUUAGAGGGCGAGGAGGACAAGCAGACUCUGAGGAGAUCUCCAAGAAAGCGAGGUCGAGGCAAGAACUACGACGCCGCCAACCUUGCUCCGGAGUGCACGUCCCCUGAAAACGGCAGUUGUCCUCGAUGCACGAAAACGAAGAAAAAAUGUGAACGAGUUCUCCAAGGCAACGAAGCGCUCGCGCUUGCCUCCGCCUUGAAACGAGGCCGCAAACGCAAGGACUUCACCCCCCCCUCCAACCCUGCAGUGACGUCCGAACCCCCCGUGAAGAAAACAGGGAAACGCAAAAGCGCCGCCUACAUUGAAGAUUCCGACAUAGGAGAGACCCCGAUUGGCCAUGAGCACGCCCCCGCCGCCAAAAGAACUCGAGUGGACCCCAAAAACGACUCCAACGCUGUUCCCAAGACCCAAGUAAAGUCCAAGCCGGCGGGGAAAAAGCCAGCAAAGCAAUCGUCGAAGGCUGCUUCUCCGACGAAUUCGGUGCAGGUCAUCCCCAUGACCAUGGUCCCAUCCACGGCCACUGCCUCGGCAGCUCCAGCAGGUCCAUCCACGGGCACCUCGUUCUUCGCUGGAACGAAGGAGCUGGGUCCGAUUUUCGAUCCCCGACAUGCUCGUCCCAUGAUUCUGCACCCACCGCCCCCUAUCCCAAUCCCAGACAACUCAAACGUGGUGCCAUCUUAUCCGACUGAACUGCCGACCGGGAACCUGGUGCAAGACUUGGUCAAUUGUAUGACCAAUCAGGACGAGCUGGGUGGGAGGGUCACGGAAGCUGAGGGGAAUAUUCGAGGACUCACCGCGUCGUUGAACAGGCUCGAAGAAAAAGCUCGCAUACCAAUGGUUCCCAAGGCCGACUUUGACGAACUCCGUAGAAAGGUGUCGGUCUUGGAGCGGGACUUUAACCAGCGGGAGGAGACACUCAGGAAGACGGUGGAGAGCGCACUCGCGCUGGCAAGUAAUUUGGAGGAACGGAUGAAGUUGUACGACGGUCGCCUGGACGGAAUCGAAGAACGGUUGGGAGAAGCGUCGGGAAAAGCGAAAUCGGCAGGAAAGGAUGCGGUAGACUCAUAUCGAAUUGCGCGGGAUGUCGAGAAGACCGUUGAGAAGUAUAGGGUGGAUAGGGAUGAUCUUCGGGUUGCACAAGACCACCUCGACGACCUUGAGGGCAGGACAGGAGGCAUUGAGCAAGAGAUCGGUAACCUUCGACAGCGGUGCUACGAUUUAGAAAGGGACACAUCAAGGCUCAACACAUCCGUCAACCAACAGACGCUUGAGGCCCUACUCGCGAGGUUGGGCCACAUUCCUCCUCCUCAACGGCGCCAUCCCUCACAUAGGGAUGGCGCCGUUUCUCCGAUCCCCCGCCCCAUUGUGCACCGAUCGACAAGUCCCAUUCCCGCUCCAAUCGUUGCUCCCCGCCCGAUGCAAGACCGCGCGUUGUCACCGAUUCCUGCUCCAAUCGUUGCUCCCCGCCCGAUGCAAGACCGCGCGUCGUCACCGAUUCCCGCUCCAAUGGCAAUUCCCCGCCUGAUGCAAGACCGCGCGUUAAGCCCGAUUCCCGACCCUUGCGAUGAGCGGACGGAGAGAUCCACCGCCACUAAUUCCGACCCGCCCCUUUUCGCUCCUAAUUUUACGGGUCCCGCCAGUAAUUUCCAGGCGGCCGCUCCAUUUCCUGCCACGUUCACCGCCGUCCAAGAAUCAGCCUCUUUCGUCUCUGGAUCUGGCGGCCUAUUCGAACCCCUUCCACCCGAUUCUCCUCUUUCUCCUCCCCCUGAUUCCCCCCAGCCUCAGAUGGCGACGCGUGGUAAGAAAGUCGGGCGCCGCGAUGCUGAUCCGCCGGCGGGUAGACGGUCGGAGCGCCUCAAAAAGACUUUGUGA